UGUGAGUGUGUGAGUGUGUGUGUGUGUAUGUGUUCGCGGGGCGCCGUCUCAGCCCCGGGAAGAUGGUGGUGGCGGCGGCGGCGACUGAGGCGAGGCUGAGGAGGAGGACAGCGGCGACGGCAGCGCCCGCGGGCAGGAACGGCGGGCGGCAGCGGGGCUCGGACGUGACCGGGAUUGGGAGGCCGGGCUUGGGGACCGGGCUGCGCCUCCCGUGGUUACUGUCGCCGUCGUCUCUGCCACCGCGGCUGCUGUUGCUGCUGCUCCCGCCGCUGCUGGGGCUGCUGCUGCUGCCUCGGGAGGCCGAGGCCGCGGCGGCGGCGGCGGUGGUGUCGGGCUCCGCCGCAGCCGAGGCCAAGGAAUGUGACCGGCCCUGUGUCAACGGCGGCCGCUGCAACCCUGGCACCGGCCAGUGCGUCUGCCCCGCCGGCUGGGUGGGCGAGCAAUGCCAGCACUGCGGGGGCCGCUUCAGAUUAACUGGAUCUUCUGGGUUUGUAACAGAUGGACCUGGAAAUUAUAAAUAUAAAACAAAGUGCACGUGGCUCAUUGAAGGACAGCCAAACAGAAUAAUGAGACUUCGUUUUAAUCAUUUUGCUACAGAAUGUAGUUGGGACCAUUUAUAUGUUUAUGAUGGAGAUUCAAUUUAUGCACCACUAAUUGCUGCCUUUAGUGGCCUCAUUGUUCCUGAGAGAGAUGGCAACGAGACUGUCCCUGAGGUGGUUGCCACAUCAGGAUAUGCCCUGCUGCAUUUCUUUAGUGAUGCUGCUUAUAAUUUGACUGGAUUUAAUAUCACUUACAAUUUUGACAUGUGUCCGAAUAACUGCUCAGGCCGAGGAGAAUGUCAGAUCAGCAAUGUCAGCAACACUGUUAAGUGUGAAUGCUCUGAAAACUGGACAGGAGAAUCAUGUGACAUUCCCCACUGUCCCGAUGACUGUGGGUUCCCUCACCGAGGCAUCUGCAAUUCCAGCGAGGCCAGAGGCUGUUCCUGCUUGUCAGGGUGGCAGGGUCCUGGAUGUUCAGUUCCCAUACCGGCUAACCAGUCGUUUUGGACUCAAGAGGAAUAUUCUAACUUAAAACUUCCCAGAGCAUCUCAUAAAGCUGUGGUCAAUGGAAACAUAAUGUGGGUUGUUGGAGGAUACAUGUUUAACCACUCAGAUUACAACAUGGUUCUAGCGUUUGAUCUUGCUUCUCGGGAGUGGCUUCCACUGAACCGUUCUGUGAACAAUGUGGUGGUUAGAUAUGGUCAUUCUUUGGCAUUAUACAAGGAUAAAAUUUACAUGUAUGGAGGAAAAAUUGAUUCAACAGGAAAUGUGACCAAUGAGUUGCGAGUGUUUCAUAUCCAUAAUGAGUCAUGGGUAUUGUUGACACCAAAGGCCAAGGAGCAGUACGCAGUGGUUGGGCACUCGGCGCACAUCGUUACCCUGGCAAAUGGCCGAGUGGUCAUGCUUGUCAUUUUUGGUCACUGUCCUCUCUAUGGGUAUAUAAGCAAUGUGCAGGAAUAUGACUUGGAUAAGAAUACGUGGAGUAUAUUACACACCCAGGGUGCCCUUGUGCAAGGGGGCUAUGGCCACAGCAGUGUUUAUGACAACAGGACCAGAGCCCUGUAUGUACACGGUGGCUACAAGGCCUUCAGCGCCAAUAAAUACCGUCUUGCAGAUGACCUCUACAGAUACGAUGUGGAUACCCAGAUGUGGACCAUUCUUAAGGACAGCCGAUUUUUCCGUUACUUGCACACAGCUGUGAUAGUGAGCGGAACUAUGCUGGUGUUUGGAGGGAACACACACAAUGACACAUCCAUGAGCCAUGGCGCCAAAUGCUUCUCUUCAGACUUCAUGGCUUAUGACAUUGCCUGUGACCGCUGGUCAGUGCUUCCCAGACCUGACCUCCACCGCGAUGUCAACAGAUUCGGCCAUUCAGCAGUCUUACACAACAGCACCAUGUAUGUGUUCGGCGGUUUCAACAGCCUCCUUCUCAGUGACAUCCUGGUGUUCACGCUGGAGCAGUGUGGAGCGCACCGGAGCGAAGCUGCUUGCUCUGCCGCAGGACCCGGCAUCCGGUGUGUGUGGGACACAGGGUCAUCUCAGUGUUUAUCCUUGGAGCUGGCAUCGGAAGAACAAGCAGAAAAGUUAAAAUCAGAAUGUUUUCCCAAAAGAACUCUUGACCAUGACAGAUGUGACCAGCACACGGAUUGCUACAGCUGCACAGCCAACACCAAUGACUGCCACUGGUGCAAUGACCAUUGUGUCCCUGUGAACCACAGCUGCACGGAAGGCCAGAUCUCCAUUUUCAGGUAUGAUAACUGCCCCAAGGAUAAUCCAAUGUACUACUGUAAUAAGAAGACCAGCUGCAGGAGCUGUGCCUUGGACCAGAACUGCCAGUGGGAGCCCCGGAAUCAGGAAUGCAUCGCCCUGCCUGAAAACAUCUGUGGCAUUGGAUGGCAUUUGGUUGGAAACUCAUGUUUGAAAAUCACUACUGCUAAGGAGAAUUAUGACAAUGCUAAAUUGUCCUGUAGGAACCACAAUGCCUUUUUGGCUUCUCUCACAACCCAAAAGAAGGUAGAAUUUGUUCUUAAGCAGCUGAGAAUAAUGCAGUCAUCACAGAGCAUGUCCAAACUCACCUUAACACCUUGGGUUGGCCUUCGGAAGAUCAAUGUAUCCUACUGGUGCUGGGAGGAUAUGUCCCCAUUUACAAAUACAUUACUACAGUGGAUGCCAUCGGAGCCCAGUGAUGCUGGAUUCUGUGGAAUCUUGUCAGAACCCAGUACUCGGGGAUUGAAGGCAGCAACCUGCAUCAACCCACUCAAUGGUAGCGUCUGUGAAAGGCCUGUAGUCCGCAGCUCUGAAAAUGCCAAGCAGUGCCGGACCCCGUGUGCCUUGCGGACAGCAUGUGGAGAGUGUACCAGCGGCAGCUCUGAGUGCAUGUGGUGCAGCAACAUGAAGCAGUGUGUGGACUCCAAUGCCUACGUGGCCUCCUUUCCUUUUGGCCAGUGUAUGGAGUGGUAUACGAUGAGCAGCUGUCCCCCUGAAAACUGUUCAGGAUAUUGUACCUGUAGUCAUUGCUUGGAGCAACCAGGCUGUGGCUGGUGUACUGAUCCCAGCAAUACUGGCAAAGGGAAAUGCAUAGAAGGCUCUUACAAAGGACCCGUGAAGAUGCCUUCCCAGGCCCCUACGGGGAACUUCUAUCCACAGCCCCUGCUCAACUCCAGUAUGUGUCUGGAAGACAGCAGAUACAACUGGUCUUUCAUUCACUGUCCAGCUUGCCAGUGUAAUGGCCACAGCAAAUGCAUCAACCAGAGUAUCUGUGAGAAGUGUGAGAACCUGACCACGGGCAAGCACUGUGAGACCUGCAUCUCUGGCUUCUAUGGCGAUCCAACCAAUGGUGGAAAAUGCCAGCCAUGCAAGUGCAACGGACAUGCGUCACUGUGUAACACCAACACGGGCAAGUGCUUCUGUACCACCAAGGGCGUCAAAGGGGAUGAGUGCCAGCUGUGUGAGGUAGAAAACCGAUACCAGGGAAACCCCCUUAAGGGAACGUGUUACUAUACUCUUCUUAUUGACUAUCAGUUCACGUUUAGCCUGUCCCAGGAAGAUGACCGCUAUUACACAGCCAUCAAUUUUGUGGCUACUCCUGAUGAGCAAAACAGGGAUUUGGACAUGUUCAUCAAUGCCUCUAAAAACUUCAACCUCAACAUCACCUGGGCUGCCAGCUUCUCAGCUGGAACCCAGGCUGGAGAAGAGAUGCCUGUUGUUUCAAAAACCAACAUUAAGGAGUACAAAGAUAGCUUCUCAAAUGAGAAGUUUGAUUUUCGCAACCACCCAAAUAUCACUUUCUUUGUUUAUGUCAGUAAUUUCACCUGGCCCAUCAAAAUUCAGAUCGCCUUCUCCCAGCACAGCAAUUUUAUGGACCUGGUACAGUUCUUCGUGACUUUCUUCAGUUGUUUCCUCUCUCUGCUCCUGGUGGCUGCUGUGGUUUGGAAAAUCAAACAGAGUUGCUGGGCCUCCAGACGUAGAGAGCAACUUCUCCGAGAGAUGCAGCAGAUGGCCAGCCGUCCCUUUGCCUCUGUAAACGUUGCCUUGGAAACAGAUGAGGAGCCUCCUGAUCUUAUUGGGGGGAGUAUAAAGACUGUCCCCAAGCCCAUUGCACUAGAACCCUGUUUCGGCAACAAAGCCGCAGUCCUGUCAGUGUUUGUGAGGCUCCCUCGUGGCCUGGGUGGGAUCCCGCCCCCUGGGCAGUCAGGUCUUGCCGUGGCCAGCGCCCUGGUGGACAUUUCCCAGCAGAUGCCAAUAGCAUACAAAGAGAAGUCGGGAGCAGUGAGAAACCGAAAGCAGCAGCCCCCUGCACAGCCCGGAACCUGCAUUUGAUGCUGGGAUCAGAAACUCCUCGGCCUGGCACCCCAGAGCCAUCUGCAGGGGAGGGCGCAGGCAGGAAGAUGCUGUGCGGUGUGGCUGGAGGCCUGGAGACCCUUGAAGCAUCCGACUCAUCUGCAUGAUCACAUGCUUUCUUCGACGGUUUCUCCCAUCCGUGUUCCAGCACCUAACCUUUUACGUUUGCAUAGGAAAAACUGAUUUAGUUCCCAGGUCCAGGGAUAAAUCCAACUUACUGCUGGAGGAGGCCGGUGUAGAGCCAGCGAGAGAGCUAGGAAUGACACUCAGGUUCACUUGUGGAAUACCAUUCCUGGGACUGCCUCAACUGUGCGGAAAACAAGAGUUGCCACGUAGACAUUUCAGCAUCAGGCGUUCUGCACAUGGUCUUUUAACAGCCAGUCAGGUGAAUUCACUUGUUUUCAUCUGAAGCCUGCUAUCUUUUUAAAAAGAUGUGUUAUUUAUUCUUGCACGGUUUAGACAGGCAUCUCUCUUCUAGGGAGUAGCUUUUUUCUAGUUGAGAAUAAUGCUCCAUCUCUUUUGACUCAUAACAAGCUAGCGUAGAAGGGGGCUAUUUUAAAUGUCAAGGUCAGCAGUGUUACUUAGGACGUAAAAGGGCAUAGUAAGUAGUUUUCUAUAACAGUUUGAUUAAUUUAGUCUUAAUCCAUUUGAAUUCCUCUUCCUCCCUUUCUCUGUUACACACACACACACACACACGAACACACACACACACACACUAAGUGCCUAGACUUUCAAUAGAUCUAGCAAUUGGAAAGUUAGUAAGCCUGAGAUUUUACAUAAUUACAUUCCUACAUUCUUGUAAAAUUUAAAUAGCUACCAUUGGCAGUCCGCUCUUUUUCUAAAAUCUGAUUUGCAGCCAGGAAAGAAUUUUUCACCCCAAGGAACAUAUGACCUAGCAGCAGCAGUAGCAAGCAGAGACUGAGAAGAAAGCAGAAUAAGCUAACUGUGAAAGCUCCGGUUGAUAUUCUUGUCAAAAGGUCAGUCUAGAAGACGCGGUCUCUACACACCUCCCAGCCCCCUCCCAUGACCCUGUGGGCCUGACGUGGGGCCCUACCAGAGCAGAGGACUCGCUUGUGACACAUGUCUCCUUCAGAGAAGAGCACCUAGUGCUGGCGACACCUGGGUCAGAGCCAUCCUGUGUCCCUGCAGCCUGCUCAGAACUCGGGGCUCCUUCUUGGGCGAGGGAUGAAGUCCGCGCCUGGGGCAGGAGCCAAGGAGGGGCUCAGCCUACUCCUCCUCCUUCCCAGACAGGUGUGCCUGUGAGGAGGGCAGGAGGCGCUGAGGAUGAAAAGCACAUGGAAAACACAGAGCAGGAAGGAAAACUCUGAACGUCAGCAGAGGGGGCACUCUCCUCCCCAAGGACACUUCCCCGGCCGUGCUGCUCUGUGUUCUGGCAUUAAGCAAUGAUCUCCUGCACUUUCCUACUCCCCAAGCUGGGAUUCUCCAGCUUGACUUCAUUUGGAUGGCUCUCUGAACACAGGUGCUCAAAUUUGAGGAUCUGGAGAAGGAAAUAUUCAUGAGCAAAAACUGGUAUUUCACCUUAAAACGUGGUGCCUAGACAGGGAGUAUUAUCUCUUCCCUCACACCCUGACUCCCAUGAAGAAGAAUCGCCUGGAACAAGAAUUGCAAGCAAAUCGAACCACAAAAUACCAAUGCACAAAGCACCUCUACUCCAUGAUUCACCCCUCAAAUAGCUUCUUCCUCACAUCACGGUCAAAGAGCAGUUUCUAGAAAAAGGUCCCCUCCUUUAGUGAGCUCCCCACAUGCCAACCCUAGAACAUAGCUGCCACAGAGAGCAUGCUGUAUACUGCUCCACCAGGCCUCAGGGUGGCUACUGGGAAAUUGCUCUCCUAUAAGGAAGAUUCUCCUGUUUGCUCAAAAGACCAGUUUCUCCUUGGCCAAAGAAGUCUCUUCCCAUGUUAGUUCCAUGCCUUGAAAUAACAUAAUAACAUGCACCAGGACCCCCCAGCUUCCUGGCUAGCUCUUUUCCCCUGUAGAUAAUUAUGUUUAUUUUUUAAAAUGAAAGAUGAGCUAAUGAAAUUGAACUCUGCUCCAACAGCGGAGGAACCACCGAAUCCACCUGCUUCCCACUUCCCCUUUGCAGCCAACUGAGCAAAACCCUUCCUCUGGGCCACGGGGCAGGAGAAGGGAAUGGCAGGCACAAGAGAAACUCAGAGCCAGUUCCCAAGGGUGCCGUCCGCUGGUUGCCGAGUAUCUCGGGAGAGCCUGGACCUAAGGUAGUCACAGAAGCACCCACCUUGCACUUACACAUAAGUAAUGUCCAGGAUAUUCAGACGUGGACCACCCAUGAAACAGAAAAGUAUCUGAACAUAUUUUUGCUCAACAUGGAAUGUGAGAGUUUGCAGCAGUGGUGUUGUGCCACACACUGGAUAUCCACGUUCCGAGAAGUCUUCUUUUCAGGCUCCUAUCUGCUAAGAACAAAGCUAAGAGUUUCCUCUAGUACAUGUCAGCUAAGCCUUCAAAUACAACUCAUCCUUCAGAAGAAACGUGAAGGGUGAGCUGAUCCAAACAGCAUAUGGGCACAGGGAGAGGCGAGCAAGAGGCGGAUCUUUGUUGCCGUUGUGGCUCAGAAGGGCCACUUGGAAUUCUCAUGGCAACCUCAUGGUGCUCUGCGUGUUGAGAGAAGACCGACCAGCCAUCCCAAGAAGUUCAAAGACUAGAACUUCUGGAAAUCACACUUUCCAAAGAGGGGCUCUCUUCGGCUUUUUUUUUCCCCAAAACCAUAGUUUACUGAAAUGAAGAGUGGGGGUGGGAGAGGCAAGGUUGUGAAUAAACAGCCCCUGUUUCUUCCUGGAGGAUGUCGCAACCCCUGGACUCCUGUCCCUGCCUGCCCUCCAUACAGCCUGGGGAAAACCCCGUGCCUCCCUGUGGGGGAUCACCAGAGCAGGUGGGAGGAGGUGUGGAAAAGGGGCACCUCUACUACCCGGAGCCAGCCAGGAGAGGACGCCUUGGACCGAAGACUGUUGGCACAGGGACUCCCUGCCCAACUGUGGACGAGGUCGGAGAGGCACUGGGAUACCAGGGACAAAGGCAGAGUACACCUUCCGUGCAAGGCUUGCUCCUUCUAUUUCAUGAGGUGUUUCCAGAGUGAGGGUGACACUUCCUUGGGUGAUGGUGUUGUUUCAUGAACACCUGUGAUCCUUGGACUUCAAUCAUUCAACAGUUACCAAACAGUAACCUCAGCAAACCCCGGGCCAUGACAACAUCCAGCCCCUCAAGCGAGCUCCCUUCACUCCAGGAGAUCUCUCCCAGUGAGAACCGAUCACCCUGAGAACAAGCAGAAAAGCAGAAGCUCCCUGUCCUCGGGACAUGCAUGCCCUUGCUUUCCCGAAGAAAUCUAGACCGUUUACCGUGGUGACCAAAGUCGGCUCCAACCAUAACGAUCACUGCACGGGUUUCCAGGUAGCACAGCCCACCAAAAGAUGUUACCCGGUGAUGAGUCCGACUCCACCAGCCUGUCCUGCCUGCAAGGGGAGUGGGGAGCUGACGCCUUCCCUUCUAAAGGCAAUAAUGGAAUCGACUCUCAGUAACUAAGUUUGUGCACAAACAUUCUAAACACUAGUGAAGCCUGUUGCGUUGAACUAAUUCUGGCUCUGGAAAUGUUUUUUGGUUAUUUACGGUUGUUUUUUUAUUUUUCUGUUCCGUUGGGUUUUUUUGUUUAUUUGGAUUCAAGCUUAGUUUGUUAAUAUGUAUAAUUUAGCAUCUAUUGCACUCAUGUAAAUAUGGAGUAAGUAUUGUAAACUAUUUCAUUGCUGGGGGUUGUGGGUGUUAUACAUACAUUUAGGACUGCAAUUUUUGGUAUUUUUUGUAUUGUAAAAUAACAGCUAAUUUAAGCAGGAACAAGACAAUUAGGGAGGUCUGUGCAUUUUAAACACAAAUGUGAAGAAAUUGUACAUAAAUGAAAGUAAAUCCUAUUAUAUAAACUUCCUUCUGAAAUAAAAGUAGAUCUGGUAAAAA